AUGGGCCCGGCCGUUCAGACGUCCGAAGGCCAGUGGCACGACCGGCCUGUCGGAGCGGGUGCGGCCAUACUCAGCAUGGCCGGCAGCGCUACCCCGCCACCUCCACCCGGCGAUGUCGUCGUCGCCAGGGGCUCGGAGGGAGCCAGCGGGAGCGACCUCUUUGAGAUCACGACGGGUCAGAGGAUGAUGUCGGCCAUGUCGGGCAGUCUACUGACGUCGCUGCUCGUCACACCGCUCGAUGUCGUCCGCGUCCGACUCCAGUCCCAGCAACCCCGAACGUCGUCCAAGAUAGACUUCUCCCGCCUCACUCUCACGGCAAACUCCCUCCCCAUCCCGGCGUCGGAGAUUGGCGUGACGGCGUGCUGCCGCGAGGUCUUCUUCAUCGAGGGCGGCAACGCCUUCUGCGUGGCCUCGCCCAAGGGGACCGGUGCCGCCGCCGCCGCCGCCGCCGCCGCCACGGCCGCCGCGCCGUCCGACUGCGCCGUCCGGGAGGCCGAGAAGAAGACGUACCGGUCGACCAUGGACGGGCUGCGCAAGAUUGCCCGCAACGAGGGCGUGUCGACGCUGUGGCGCGGGCUCUCCCCCACGCUGGCCAUGGCGGUGCCGGCCAACAUCAUCUACUUCACCGGGUACGAGUGGCUCCGGCACAGCCCCAGCAGCCUCCUGUCCGGCCUGAGCGACGACUACGCCCCCCUGACGGCCGGGUCGGUGGCCCGCAUCCUGGCGGCCACGUCGGUCGGCCCCAUCGAGCUCGUCCGGACGCGCAUGCAGGCCGCGUCGCCGACGUCGACGGGCAACCACAUGCUCGAGGCCUUCGGCGACGUGCGCGCCAUGGUCGGCACGCGCGGCUACACGUCGCUGUGGCGCGGGCUCAGCCUGACGCUCUGGCGCGACGUGCCCUUCUCCGGCCUGUACUGGUGGGGCUACGAGGCGAUCCGGUCCAGGCUGUCGGACCUGCGCGGGAGGCGCCACGGCUACGGGCUCGGCCUGCCCCCGUCCCCGUCCCCGUCCCCGUCCCGCGCCGACCGCCGGCUCUCCAACCCGGAGAACUCGGCCGAGACGUUUGUCGACAGCUUCGCCUCGGGUGCCCUCUCGGGCGCCUUCGCCUCCGUCGUCACCACGCCCUUCGACGUCGGCAAGACGCGCACCCAGGUCUACGCCGGCGGCUCCGUCGGCGACUACCGCCGGAACAUGACGCGCCUGCUCUGGCACAUCUUCAAGACCGAGGGCGCAUCCGGCCUGUGGAAGGGCUGGAUCCCCCGCACCCUCAAGGUGGCUCCCUCGUGCGCCAUCAUGAUAAGCACCUACGAAGUCGGCAAGAGCGUCUUCAAGGGUAUCAACGAGCGAGCUGCUGCUGCUCAACACUAG